UCAGUCCCAUUACGCAUCUGCCUUCUCAUCCACACCCAGAAAAGAAACAGAGAGAGAAAGAAAGAGAGGGAGAGAGAGAUAUACGACGACGACGAUGGAGAAUGGUGGUGAGAUCACGUAAUCGUGACCACGAUCGCGAUCUUGACCCCAAGACUUGAAGACCUAGCUUCGUUUUUGCAGAAGAUCGCGUGGUAGAAACUUCUCAACUGUUCAACCCUCGUGGAUCGUUGGUUCUUGACAGAGCCAUGCCUCCUGCUUAUUUUGAUUUGAUCAUCAACCAUAAGGGAAAAGUUGCUAGACUGCCUAACAUUGAUCCUGAUAAGUAUUGCUAUUUUGACUUGGUGGCUGAUGUAAGUGAGAAGCUACUGUCUCAUUAUCCCUCUGGGUUAGGGUUAGCAAUUUCUAUCUUUUGUGAACUUCCUGGUACUGAGUAUAGGAUUGACCUUGACAGUGACAAAUCCCUCAUUGAUAUGUUCAAUCUUGAUGGUGUUCCUAUCACAUUGAACUUAUUUGUAGUAGUGAAGUCUCCCAAUUUAUGUCAGGUAGAGCACCCUAGUGUGGUGGAUGUAGAAGAUGUGGAGGUGGUAGAUGCAACCCAAGAUGGCCAUGUAUAUGGUUAUAAUGAUGAGGAUGAUGAUUGGAAUCUAGAUAGGGAAGGGGAGGUAGAGUCAGAUGAUGGGGGCAGGCUUAUGUAUGAGAUUAGUGGAGUAGAUGAUGAGGGACUUAGUGACUACCAAUCGGGUGAUGAUGAGGGUAGCAUGUCUAGUGGGAGUGAUGAGGUUAUAGAGCAUGGGGCUGGGUUUGAUACAAGUUAUUAUGGGAAGGAACCUUAUAUGGACUGUGAGGGAGAAGUUGUACUGGAGAAAAAAAUGAUAUUUGCUGAUGUGGAUGCCUUUAGGGCCAGGCUUAGAGACUACACAGUGGAGAAAGGGUUUAAGAUAGUAAGAGAUAAAAAUGAGAAGUCCAGGGUUACUGCACAUUGUGAUGUUGAGGGGUGCCCUUGGAGGAUUCAUGCUUCCCCAUUUUCGGAUGGGAUAACCUAUCAGAUUAAGACAUACACACCUGAGCACACAUGUACUAGGGUUAACCACAAUGAGGAUGCAAACUCUACUUGGAUAGCAAAGAAACUUCUUAAGGAUUUCAAAGAGAACCCACAACUUGAUUUGGAUGGCAUGUAAGAGAAAUUGAAUGGUAGGUUUGGCAUCGAGUCAUCUAGGAUACAACUUUAUAGGGCAAGAAGGAAGUGUAUGGAUGAACUUGAGGGUAGUCAUGGUGGCUAGUAUAAGCUUCUUCCAACCUAUGCUGUAGAGGUUAGGAAGACCAACCCUGGAAGUUUGAUCAAAAUGGACUAUAAUAGGCCUUUUCCCACCCAAAAUCCCAUGUUUGGGAGACUAUUUGUUUCAUUUGCUGGUAUGAUAAAGGGAUUCUUGAAUGGAUGUAGGCCUUUCAUAGGGGUGGAUGGGUGUCACCUUAAGGGUCCUUAUGGGGGUGUCCUAAUUUCUGUUGUGGCAUUAGAUGGUAACAAUUGGCUAUUUCCUCUUGCUGUGGCAGUGGUAGAAAGUGGGAAUAAUCAAAGUUGGGGUUUUUUCCUUGAACACAUUCAAACCAUAAUUAGGGCUAGUGGACAGAAUAGGCCUUGGACCAUUAUGAGUGACCAACAAAAGGGGUUAGAUGGGGUUG